UCGUGACGUUGGAAGAUGGCGGCGACAGCUAGAACGCCUAGCGUCGAUUUUAAACGCAAGCAAAUAAGUAUAACGGGCAUCGGCGCGACCGAAGAGGAUGAGGAGGAGUCUAUCAAAAAGCAGUUCAACAGACAUUUACAUUUUACCCUCGUAAAAGACAGGUCAAGUGCUUCAAACAUUGAUUUCUUUAAUGCUCUUGCCUUAACUGUUAGGGAUUAUUUGUCCGGUAGAUGGCUGAGGACAUACCAGCAUUACUAUAGAAAUGACGUGAAGAGAAUUUCUUACUUAUCGCUAGAAUUUUAUAUGGGUCGAACCCUGAAAAACACCAUGAUAAAUCUUGGAAUCAAAGACGUCUGCGAAUCCGCUAUGUCCAGCAUGGGUCUAUAUUUCGACGUAAUGGAGGAUAUGGAAGAAGAUGCUGGUCUGGGAAACGGGGGGCUUGGCCGACUUGCAGCAUGUUUCCUCGAUUCGAUGGCGACACUUGGACUUGCUGCCUAUGGAUACGGAAUAAGGUAUGACUAUGGUAUAUUUGCCCAGAAGAUAAAGGACGGGUACCAGUUUGAGGAACCGGACCAAUGGUUGAAGAACGGUAACCCUUGGGAGAUAGUGAGACAUGAGUACACACAGAAGGUAAAGUUUGGUGGAAGAGUUGUUCACAACAAGGGUGAAUUAGUCAAAUGGGUUGACACACAAGAUGUAUUGGCUUUACCCUAUGACACGCCCGUACCUGGAUACAAAAACAACGUUGUGAAUGUUGUACGUCUGUGGUCUGCCAAGGCCCCCAACUCCUUCAGCUUAGAAUUUUUCAAUGACGGGGAAUAUAUAAAGGCCGUGUUCGAUAGAAAUCUGGCCGAGAACAUUUCGAGGGUUCUAUAUCCUAAAGACAAUAUGUUUGAAGGUAAAGCGCUAAGACUGAAACAAGAGUAUUUCCUUGUUUCCGCAUCUCUACAAGAUGCCAUCAGACGGUAUAAGUCGUCUCAGCCCGGAGUUUUCGUGUGUAAACGCGAGUCAUUUGAGGAGUUUCCAAACAAGAUAGCUUUCCAGCUGAACGACACUCAUCCUGCUCUGGCUGUACCCGAGCUUAUGCGCCUUUUGAUGGACGAAGAAGGUUUGACGUGGGAACAAGCAUGGAACAUCACAUAUCGCACAUGCGCAUACACAAAUCACACAGUACUUCCGGAAGCGUUAGAGAGAUGGCCAGUGGAGCUGAUGGAAACUUUACUUCCGCGUUUACUCGAAAUCAUCUACUACAUCAAUCAUCUCUUCUUAAUAGAAGUGAAGCGGCAUUUUCCAAACGACGAAGACAGGUUAAAACGCAUGUCAAUCGUAGAGGAAACUCCGCUAAAGCAAAUCAACAUGGCGCACCUUGCUAUUGUUGGUUCCCAUGCAGUAAACGGCGUUGCAAAGAUACAUUCGGAGAUUCUGAAAAGGCAGGUAUUCAGAGAUUUCUUCGAGAUGUUUCCGGGACGAUUCCAGAACAAGACUAAUGGAAUAACACCUAGAAGAUGGCUGUUGCUUUGUAACCCUGGCCUGGCAGAUUUGAUCACUGAACGCCUAGGAGACGGAUGGGUUAAACAUCUUGAUCAACUCAGAAAGUUGAAAGUGUACGCCGACGACGAAAGUUUCCUGCAGAAGAUCAUUACUAUCAAGGAAAAGAACAAACGAAAGUUGGCCAAGUACAUACAGGAAAACUAUGGUGUGCAAGUAAACUGUAACUCUAUAUUCGACGUUCAGGUAAAGCGAAUCCACGAGUAUAAACGUCAGCUCUUGAACUGCCUCCACGUGAUCGUCAUGUUUAACAGAAUAAAGCAUAACCCGGAUGCCCCAUUCACACCCCGGACUGUCAUGUUAGGAGGAAAGGCAGCUCCCGGCUACCACAUGGCCAAGAAAAUCAUUAAGCUGUUCAACAACCUUGCCCGUAAGAUCAAUAAUGACAUAGAUGUCGGGGAGAGGCUCAAACUUGUUUUCCUAGAGAACUACAGAGUGACCCUGGCCGAGAUAGUUAUACCAGCUGCCGACCUCAGCGAACAAAUUUCGACGGCGGGAACCGAGGCUUCAGGCACAGGCAACAUGAAAUUCAUGCUGAAUGGAGCGUUGACGAUAGGAACACUAGAUGGCGCUAAUGUCGAGAUGGCGGAAGAAAUGGGCAAGGAAAACAUGUUCAUCUUUGGUUUGAAGCUGCACGAGGUAGAGGAGCUACGCAGACAGGGGUACAACCCCGCUGAUUACUAUAUGUGCAAUGAGGAACUUAGAGAAGCCCUGGAACAACUCAAGAAUGGUACAUUCUGCCCUGAGUGUCCGGGAUUGUUUGAAGAUAUCGCCAACGACCUCAUGUAUCACGAUCAUUACCUUCUGAUGGCCGACUUCAAAUCAUACGUCGAGAGUCAGGAUAGAGUGAAUGCUCUCUAUAACGACCCCUACAGAUGGGCAAGGAUGUGCCUCCUUAACAUUGCUUCAUCCGGCAAAUUUUCAGCCGACAGAACGAUCGAAGAAUAUGCUCGUGAGAUUUGGAAUGUGACGCCGAACUAUGACGUCAUUCCAGCACCAUCAGAACAGCCGUUGUUGCCAUCUAUUGGUGUCGAUAUGUAAAAUAGGCCAAAAAGAACAAUAUACUGUUGGAAAUAAUACAUGACUCUAUUAAUCUACUUAAUGUAAAAGUUCACUAUCAUGAAAAAAAAUAUAGUUUAAGAUCUAUUUAUGAAAACAAAAUAAAUCAAACUGAUAAAAAAUAAAUUUGUAGAAUGUA